AUGGCUAUGAGAUCGUGGCUGAGCCGAGGAUCGGUGACUCGUGUGAUGGACUCAACGAAUCGAGGGGCUUUCAGUCGCUUCUUCAGCGACAAAGGUCGCGUUCUCAGCGAGGAAGAACAGGCCAAAGAGAACGUCUACAUCCAGAAAUGGGAGAGGGAGAGAUUGGAGAAACAGAAGCUACAGGCUGAGAAGGCAAGGGCUGAGAAGAACAAAGACACUGCUGAUAAGAAACCUCAGAAAGAGUGA